AUGAAACUUUUAGACGAGAAUGGUAUACGAUUUAACCAAAAAUGUAAUGCCAACAAUUCCCCCUACAAUUACCGUGAUAUCUUCUACUGGAGUAAUGUGCAUCAGCGAUUGAAACGUGAUCUAGGAAAAUUCGAUAAUAAAGUCACUGAUUUAGGAAAAAUUUCUUGUCUUAAUACUCCUGGCAUGUAUGGUAAUCUUAUUGAACAUGAAUGA